AUGCACCUCACGCAACACCACUUCACGCACGGCCUGCCGCGGUGGUGUGAGGAAAUGUGGCUUCAGUAUGUCAACGACAUCAUCUCUGGCAUCCCCUCGAAGGUCCCUUCGCGUCGCAACAACCACAGCUCCGACUCGUUCUGCGCCUUAACCCCCGCCCAGCUCGCCAACGCUGACAUGGGUAUCUUCCAGAACCUGCGCCUAUCGGACAUCUUCACGGAAGUUCAGUGGAUUGUGGUUCGCGAUGAAGAGGAACUCAUGGUGGUGUUCGACAGCCACUUCCCAGAUAGGGACUGGGAAAGCGAAGACCCAGUGUUUGCUUCUCGAAGGUACUACGACGAUUGGGUGGCAUUCACCUACCGCGUUUCGAGGACAGAGGUGGUGGAGGCAAAGAAGGCCCUAUUCCGCUUGUUCAGGAUGCUCUGCUGGAUUCCUUGGGGGGACGGUGGUGUUUGGGAGACCCGGCCCGAUCGCCGAUUUACCAGGUUCGGUGGGGCUGACCUGCGACUCCCGGCACCGAAAAUUCUCAUCCUUCGAGGGGAGCCGAUGUGGGAAUUGGCUGGGUGA